GAAAAGAAAAAUUAACGGGUGAAUUAAUUAUCUCGGAUUAUCCUAACUUGGAAGAAAUUAAUCUAUCAAAUCAUGGACUAACUUCUUUAAUUAUUAAUAAUUGUCCUAAUUUAAACAGUUUAAAUGUUCGGAAUAACCAAUUAACUAAGUUAGAAUUGGAUGCUCCGGAUCUAGAAGAAAUUAUUGCGGGACAGAAUGAAUUAACUACUUUGGAUUUAAGGGAAGAAAUAGCAGAAUUAAAGCGAGAAAAUAAAGACUUAUACCAAAG